AUGCCUAUGCUCCUGCUUACACCGAUAUGGUUGGCCCUGGCAAGGCGAUCAUGUGCUACAACUCUCAUGACGAGGACUGCAGACGAGGACAAGAAGGUGUCUUGCAAGAUCCUUACCAUCCAGGGAGAAUCCAUCACGGCUGGUCCGAUCCUGGACAUUGCCCUCGCGCAGAACGAAGCGGGAGAUGGGCUCGACGAUAACAGCAUGGUGGCUGGAAUGAAUUCUGGGGAGGCAAUGUUCUGCCGGCAGCGGAACCGUCAAUGCUGGCUUCUCUCGAUUUCAGGCUCCACGCUCAAGGUGGUCCAGGAGCUGGCGAUGCCAUCGAGUCGAGUAAGAGGAAAUGGCCACAUUUCACGCUUGUGGAGCGAUCGAGUCCUGUACUGCUAUGGCAUGAACCUGCAGGGCGAGAUGGGCAAUCCCUACUGCCUGACCAUCGUGUGCAAAGAUGGAAAGUGCUCACUUGGCGAGAAGUCCCACCCAAACGGAUCAGACAAUGACAGGUCUCCUCUCAGCUACAGUGUUACCACUGACACACUGGCGCCAGGCAGGGCCGUUGCUUGCGCUGAAGACCGUGCUGAGCUCAGCAAGGCAAAGGCCACAUGUGCCGUCUACACCCUUCCUGAGGGGUGCUUCGGCGGCUGCGUGGCGCUCCUGGCCUUGGAGUACAACGAGACUGGCUUCGAGGAGUCAAACGUCCGGGCGCUCUGCGACAUUGCCCAGUCCACGAAGACCAGCGAAGAGCGGACGUUCGGCUAA